CAGUUUCGGAGCAACCUAACCAACAAUUCGAGCUCCAGACAAGUCAUGAACAACAGAUUGAGAGUUAUUUCUCGUGCACGCAUGAAAGCUACCUAAAGUACAGUCAAAGUGGUGCAAUGUUAAGUCAAAGUGAUUUUACGAAAGGUGAACAAUUAAAAUGAAUCUUUAAUAUGAUACGAUUACUUUGUAUAAACUCAUGGAAUAAUUUGUAUCGCUUUGACUAUGAAAACGUAGGUUCGAAUGGUUUUGUAGACGAAGAGGAUGAACCACCGCUCUUAGAAGAAUUAGGCAUAGAUAUCGAUCGAAUAAUGCAAAAAACAUUGGCUGUUUUAAAUCCGUUUCACGAAGUAGGGCCAAUCGAUGAUGUAAAUUAUUUGCUAGAGGAUUCCGAUUUAGCUGGUCCGGUUAUAUUUUACUUAGCAUUCGCUGCAUUUCUUUCGAUAGCUACCACGAAGGCGUAUUUCGGUUAUGUUUACGGCUUAGCUAUGAUAUCGUUCAUAGUAAUGUAUAUUCUUCUGUCCUUAAUGAAUAUUAACAGUAAUAUUACAUUGUCUGCUGUAGCAUCUGUUUUAGGAUACUGUUUACUACCCGUCGUAGGACUUGCUUGUUUAAAUAUUUUUAUUAGAUUGAAAGGCUUCGUUGGAUUACUUCUUGCCGUGAUUGCAGUUGCUUGGGCAACACUUUCUGCAUCUAGAUUUUUCUCUAUUAUAUUUGGAGAAGUAAAUCAACGUCCCCUUAUUGCUUAUCCUUGUGCUCUCCUUUAUGGCACUUUCACAUUGAUAGUAAUAUUUCAAUAAUAUUUAAUAAACCUAGUUGAGUUUAAAGUAUUUUCACAAUGGAAGAUUUAAUUUUCAUUACAUUUUUAACUUAUACAAAAGGAUGAGAUCUGGAAAGUAGUAAAAGACUAAAUGGUGCACUCCAUUUGUAUUUAAUAUUUUUAGGAUCAUUUAGUAAAUAACAUGUUAAUAAUCACAAACAUAGAUCCAUAUGUAAUGUUAUGGAUAUUUCUAUCUAUUAAUAAUAUGAUUUAUACUUCCUAUUAUUUAAUUAAUUAUUUUCUAUAAUUAGUACAUAAAUCGUGUCAUAACAACUAGUUCUAUAUUAUACAUAUGAGUAAGAUUGUGUGAAGUUUUACAUUCGUAUGUGGACAUUAAAAAGGAUAGGUCAUACAUAAACUUGUUAAAGUUCUUUUUUGGUACAUGUAAGGAAUGAAUGUCACUGGUGAUUUUAAUAUGAAUGAUAAAUUGUGUGAGUAAAUAGACAAUACAUUUGAAAUAAAUAAAGAAUACUCAGAUUGUUAAAUAACAAAUAGAAAAUGUGAUAUAGUUUGUACGUUUAAUUCCCGGAUGACGAACCUAUAGAGGAAAAAAUAGAUAAUAAUAAAGAAUAAAUAGAAAUUAUAAAAUUACUCGCAAAUAACAAACCCAUCCACAUUGCAGAAGAAAUAACUAAAAUCAGUUACACUGUUGCAGUUUGAGAUGAGAAUUACCAAAACUCUAAAAACGGCUUGUAGUAGGGAAACAAAGUUGGGCAGUACUGAUUAAAUAAACUUGUUUAUUAUUUUUGCGCUCUGAGGUUACUCCCACGUUUAACGAAACACCUUGCGCUUAAUUAAAACUAACGAAAGGUUUCAGGAAAAAGCAGUUGCAUUCUUCCUUUCGUUAUUCAAGUGACCUAAAUUUAGGAGAAAACUAACUGCAAAAAAGAUUCGGUAAAUUUAGAGCUAGGUACUAUAGCGCAGUGCAGUUUUUGCUAAGGACUUUCGCUGCGAAUGAAAAACACCUAAAAAAAAUUAAUCAUCAGAAC